GCCGGCGCCGGAAGUGAAGCGUUCUGGGCUGCCACGUCCGAGGCCGUGAGUCGCCACUGCUGCAGUUAUGGUGUCAGUAAUUAAUACCGUGGACACCUCUCAUGAGGACAUGAUUCAUGAUGCACAGAUGGACUAUUAUGGCACCCGCCUAGCAACCUGCUCCUCAGACAGGUCUGUCAAAAUCUUUGAUGUGCGAAAUGGAGGGCAGAUCCUCAUUGCAGACCUCAGAGGACAUGAGGGGCCAGUAUGGCAAGUGGCCUGGGCCCACCCCAUGUAUGGCAAUAUCCUGGCUUCCUGUUCCUAUGACCGGAAAGUCAUUAUCUGGAAAGAGGAAAAUGGCACUUGGGAGAAGACCCAUGAGCACUCAGGACAUGACUCCUCAGUGAACUCUGUGUGCUGGGCCCCUCAUGACUACGGCCUGAUCCUAGCCUGUGGAAGCUCAGAUGGGGCCAUCUCCUUGCUGACCUAUACAGGGGAAGGCCAGUGGGAAGUGAAGAAGAUUAACAAUGCUCACUCGAUCGGGUGUAAUGCUGUCAGUUGGGCCCCUGCUGUUGUUCCUGGAAGCCUUAUAGACCAACCAUCAGGGCAGAAACCCAAUUACAUCAAGAAGUUUGCAUCAGGAGGCUGUGACAAUCUCAUCAAGCUGUGGAGGGAGGAAGAGGAUGGCCAGUGGAAGGAGGAGCAGAAGCUAGAGGCACACAGCGACUGGGUUCGAGAUGUUGCCUGGGCCCCCUCCAUUGGCCUGCCCACCAGCACCAUUGCCAGCUGCUCUCAGGAUGGUCGAGUGUUUAUUUGGUCCUGUGAUGAUGCUUCAAGCAGUACGUGGUCACCCAAACUCCUACACAAGUUCAACGAUGUUGUGUGGCACGUGAGCUGGUCCAUCACAGCAAACAUCCUGGCUGUGUCAGGUGGAGACAACAAGGUGACCCUGUGGAAAGAGUCGGUGGAUGGACAGUGGGUGUGCAUCAGUGAUGUCAACAAGGGCCAGGGUUCCGUGUCAGCCUCCAUCACAGAGGGCCAACAGAACGAGCAGUGAUAACACAGGCAGCCUGAACUUCCUGUUUCCAUGACUGCAUAUUCUGGAACAACAUCCAAACAACCAGGAAGAAGGGUUCAAAUGCUACCAAGAUUCCACACCCAAGAGUGCCCACAGAUGCAACUCUGGGUGCUCACCUGCCUUACUGGGAUUCCAUGUGUUUAAUAAUUUAGUAUCCAGCUGAAAGUAUUCAUGUUAGGAACAAAUAACUAUUAUUUUUAAAUAUUUUUGGCCAUUUUUAACUAUCUUUUGGUUCGGGCUAUUUCCAAGCUAAUAAAAUCAUAUUGCAUAGAAACUUUACUGUGUCAUCCCACACAGUGCAUCUGCCCGAAUUGGGCUGCUGCAAGCGCCUGUGCAAGACAUGCUCCAGGCCCCACCUGCAAAUGGGAUUGAUGAAUUCUGAAGAAUGGGUCUGAGAUGCUAACACAUGCAUACAGGUGAGCAACCAGAUGCCAGGCAAGGAAUGUUAACUCAGCCCUGGGUAUUCUACACAAAUGCUAUGAUGGGAAACCAAAGUUCUGGUCCUAACUGACCUUGGGCCAGGUGCCACCUCCCAGCAAAGGUCUUGGAACCUUCACCUGAACCAGCAGUCACCACCUACUGAAGCCUGUUUUAUUUAGUAGACCAUAACACCAUAUUUCAGGUAAGCAAUAUGCAGAAAGAAAUAGAGGACUUACCCACUUGCUAAGGAGAAAGCCAAGAUUAGAGUUCUAGCUCACCUCACCUAAACUUGGUCUUACUUGCUCUCUGUAGAACCAAAAAGGGAUAUUGUUAUUCCUCAGCCACAAUGUAUGUGUGUAUACUCACACCAGACCUUCACAUACAUACCAAGGCAACUACUCUAGCCAGUUAAUUCAGGAGAAAUGCUGAGGCCCCCGUUAUGCUCACUCCAUCUAUUUUACUUUCCAUUAGCCAAACUUGUUUUGCUAACAAGUUAGGGAGAACUGAAAUGAGACCCCAGGAUCUGCCCACACAGUCUCCCAAGUCACUCCACAGAACCCAAACCCUCCAGAAAUUGCAUGAAAACCACAGCUUCAUUUCUUCUAUGAUGUGUAUGAGAAAAGGCUGGGAAAGACCUUUCUUAUGCUGCUUAGUUCAAAGAGAAUGCAUAGAAGUCUGUUAGCCUAAGGACAAGUCUGGCUCUCUCUGCUCCUUGCCUUGCUGUUCUCAGUGGUUAACACAGUGCCUCACACAGCAACCAGGGGUUCCUUAUAGCAUAUGCCUCUCAGGAUCAGUUAAGGUGGUAUGGGACUGAGUAAAAUUAUGACCCUAAAAGCUUAGGGUUUGGAGAGUAGCUCUAUGUGGCCAGAAAGUAAUAGUUCGGACAAUCUCUAAGAUCCACACAGGAGGGUAGUCAAUGGAACAACUUCAUAAUACUAUACUUGGGAAAGUUCCAAGAAAGAUGAUAGGCAGGCAUGGUGGGCAUACUUGUAAUGCCAGCACUUGGGAUGCAGAGGCAGUUAAGAGUGCCACAAAUUCAAGGCCAGCUUUAUUUGCAAUAGCAAAUUCCAGGGCAGGCAAAGCUACAUAUUGCAGUCCUAUCUCAAACACCUUAACAGUACACCUUCAAUUAACUUUAAGGUUUGUUUUGUUUUACUUUGAGGCAGGGUCUCUUCAUGUAGUCCUGACUGUCCUGGAGCUGGACAGAUAACGUAGACAAGGAUGGCCUUAAACUCAGUUGAGUACUGGAUUAAAAGCGUGUACCACCCACCACACCCAGCUUCAGGUUUGUUCUUGAAAGCCAAGCAGCCUUGACAAAGGCUAAAGUAAUCUGUACUAGUUUGUGUGAGAAAACCCAACACUCUUGAUCAGUAGGUCUCGACCUUCCUAUGCUGCAACCCUUUAAUACAGUUCCUCAUGUUAUAGAACCAUAAAAUUAUUUUCGUUGCUACUUCAUCACUGUAAUUUUGCUACUGUUAUGAAUCAGAAUGUAAAUGUCUGAUAUGCACAAUUACCUGAUAUGUGACCGGCCCAAGAUGUCAUUACCCACAGGUUGAGAAUUACUGCUUUUAAAAAACCAUUAACAAAAUGUAGCACUUGACAUCUCAAACACCAGAAUAUCCUGCUUCCAGGUCAUAACUAGCAGGUAUGUAAAAAGAUUAACAUGACUCAACCAAAAGUGGAAAAUAUACAUGCCUGGGGUCUUGGCUUAGUAGUAAAAUUUGUCAAGACUUGAAUUCCAUUCUCAGAUACAGAGUUUAAAAGGGGGGGGGGAGUGUAUCUAAGGCAGGACUGGAGUUCCAGGCUAGCCUAGAAUACACAGCAAUACUAUUAAAAAAAAAAAAUAGACUUUGAAGUUAGCAGCCAAGGAUUUUAAAAAUAGCUAUUAUAUUUUCAAGAAUAUAAAGAAAAAUGAACAUGACAAAAAUACCUAAAAACUCAGCAGUAGAAUUUGCAGUUAGAAAUAUAGGUGACCUUUAACACUCAUCAGAAAGGAACCAAACAAGUACAGGAAAAGGAGGUUGAGAGAACGAACCAAUUAAUAAAACCUUUUGGGAAAUCCCUUAUGGACUAGCCUGUGAAUAGUUGGAGUCCCACUGGGGAGGAAGACAAGGAAAGAAAAAGAACCGAGGGGAUGAAAUUUGAAAGAGACAGCCAAAAUUCUUCCACACUUAAAACUCCUUUAUGUUCCACAACAAAUGGAAACAUUCAGAAUGGAAACAUGUUAAGCAGCAGAGUUAAAGAUAAACUACAUUCAUAAGAACACCUAAAACAGCAGCUAACUUUUCAUCAGAAACCACAAAAAGCAAAAAAACAUCUCUGAUGAAAGAAAACUCCUAGAAUUCCAUACCUGCUAAAAUAAAAAUAUCUUUAAAAUAAAGUUGUUAGCUUUCUAUUAUUGUAACAAAAUGCCUUAAAUAAAAAGAUAACCUUA